CAGUUUCCCCUGUAUUUCACGCAAGAGAACCCCCACGUUCCUGUUAAUUUCUUUCCAUACAAAUUAUCUUCUGCUAAAGAUCCAUCUUCCCAACAUUAUGUUAACAACAAAGUGUCAGAUUAGAAUUUCUUGAAAUCAUUAGGACGGACAAUAGAAACAUUUGAAUUAUAAAGGUUGUGAAGUGGAAACUUGAAAAAUUAUCAGGGGCUAAAAGAUAAGUGGCCGCCCAAAUUAUUUGCUGCUUGGCUCCUGGCUACAACGCAAAAACCAACGAAAGAACUCGAAGCAGCAACACACCGGCGAAUCUCUAAGGCCCCCCUCAACGCGCACGCACGCACCGAAAGACACACAAACCGAAAGAGGAAAAACCUCACAUGGCCCCCGUUCCCGCUGUCUUAAACCCUCCAUUUCUCCCAUCUAAACCACCUUACAAACAAAUGGCUCUCUACUACACCAAACCCAUCCCCACUCUUCCUUUCUCCUUAACCCUCUCUUUUCCAAGGCUUCAAAGACGUCUUGUUAUCCGCAGUAGCACUGCUAUUAAUGUUUCUCUCAAGGAGAAUUUGGGCAGUUUGAAGAAGAGAGUGACUGAUUUUACGAGCUUGAACUACUGGAUUGUGAAGGAUUAUUAUCGUUUAGUGGAGGCUGUCAAUGCUCUUGAGUCUAAGAUACAAAAGCUCUCUGAUGAUCAGUUGAGUGCUAAAACCGUGGAGUUUAGGAGAAGGUUGCGACAAGGGGAGACACUAGCAGAUAUUCAAGCUGAGGCCUUUGCUGUGGUUCGUGAAGCUGCAACGAGGAAACUUGGGAUGCGCCAUUUUGACGUGCAGAUUAUUGGUGGCGCCGUGCUUCAUGAUGGAUCAAUUGCUGAGAUGAAAACAGGGGAAGGGAAAACAUUGGUUUCCACACUAGCAGCAUAUCUCAAUGCAUUGACUGGCGAGGGUGUCCAUGUGGUAACUGUGAAUGAUUAUCUGGCUCAACGUGAUGCUGAGUGGAUGGGUCGUGUUCAUCGUUUCUUGGGCCUUUCAGUUGGUCUUAUUCAGAAGGGGAUGGCAUCUAAAGAGAGGAGAUCCAAUUACAGGUGUGAUAUAACUUACACCAACAAUUCAGAACUUGGUUUUGAUUAUCUACGAGAUAACCUUGCGGGAAACAGUGAACAACUUGUGAUGAGAUGGCCAAAGCCUUUUCAUUUUGCAAUAGUUGAUGAAGUUGAUUCAGUCCUCAUUGAUGAAGGAAGAAAUCCAUUGUUAAUAAGUGGUGAGGCUAAUAAGGAUGCUGCACGAUAUCCAGUUGCUGCUAAAGUAGCUGAGUUACUUAUUCGAGGCAUCCAUUACUCUGUGGAGCUUAAAGACAAUUCAGUGGAGUUGACAGAGGAAGGAAUAUUACUUGCUGAGAUGGCUCUUGAAACAAAAGAUCUGUGGGAUGAGAAUGAUCCCUGGGCUAGAUUUGUGAUGAAUGCUUUAAAGGCUAAAGAGUUCUAUCGACGGGAUGUUCAAUAUAUUGUUAGGAACGGGAAGGCUCUCAUAAUCAAUGAGUUGACAGGAAGAGUUGAAGAGAAAAGGAGAUGGUCUGAAGGUAUUCACCAGGCUGUUGAGGCUAAGGAAGGUCUGAAGAUCCAGGCUGAUUCAGUUGUUGUUGCACAAAUCACAUAUCAAUCACUGUUUAAGCUCUACCCAAAGCUUUCAGGAAUGACUGGGACUGCAAAAACUGAAGAGAAGGAGUUUUUGAAAAUGUUCCAGGUGCCAGUUAUUGAAGUGCCAACAAACCUACCAAAUAUCCGUAAAGAUUUACCCAUACAAGCUUUUGCGUCUGCUCGUGGGAAAUGGGAGUAUGUUCGGCAAGAAGUCGAGUAUAUGUUCAGGCAGGGCCGUCCUGUUUUAGUUGGAACCACUAGUGUUGAGAAUUCUGAAUAUCUGUCUGAUUUGCUUAAGGAAUGGAGAAUCCCCCACAAUGUUCUGAAUGCUCGACCAAAGUAUGCCACAAGGGAAGCUGAAAUUGUUGCUCAAGCAGGACGAAAACAUGCCAUAACCAUUUCUACAAAUAUGGCUGGCAGAGGCACUGAUAUAAUUCUGGGAGGAAAUCCAAAAAUGCUUGCAAAAGAAAUUAUAGAGAACAGGGUGCUCCCUUUUCUUACACAAGAAGCUCUUAAUGCAGAAAUUGACCACGAGAUAUUUUCACAAAAGGUAUUGUCAGAGAUAAAGGUUGGAUCAAUAUCAUCUGCUCUGCUAGCAAAGACAGCACUAAUGGCCAAGUAUGUCGGAAAAGGUGAGGGUAAGAGCUGGACAUAUCAGGAGGCGAAAUCGAUUGUAUCAGACUCUGUGGAAAUGAGCCAUUCAAUGGAUGCAAAAGAGCUCCAGCAGCUUGCUAAUGAGCAGUCUGAGAUGUACCCUUUAGGCCCAACUAUAUCACUUGCCUAUCUGUCAGUGCUGAAGGAUUGUGAAGUACACUGCUUCAAUGAAGGGUCUGAGGUGAAAAGGCUUGGGGGCCUCCAUGUGAUUGGAACAUCUUUGCACGAGUCUCGGAGAAUUGAUAAUCAGCUUCGUGGAAGAGCAGGAAGGCAAGGGGAUCCUGGUUCUACCCGGUUUAUGGUCAGCUUGCAGGAUGAAAUGUUUCAAAAAUUUAAUUUUGAUACAGAGUGGGCUGUGAGACUUAUCUCAAAGAUUACUGAUGAUGAGACUAUACCGAUUGAAGGUGAUGCAAUUGUAAAUCAGCUUUUAUCCCUGCAAAUCAAUGCGGAGAAGUACUUCUUUGGCAUAAGAAAGAGCCUAGUUGAGUUUGAUGAAGUAUUAGAGGUACAAAGGAAACAUGUAUAUGAUCUUAGGCAAUUGAUUUUAACCGGAGAUGAUGAAAGUUGUUCUCAACAUGUAUUCCAGUACAUGCAAGCUGUGGUGGAUGAAAUUGUCUUUGGCAAUGCUGAUCCGCUGAAGCAUCCAAGAAGCUGGAAUCUGAGUAAGCUCUUAAAGGAGUUUAUAACUAUUGGGGGAAAGCUACUACAUGAACCAUUUGUAGGCAUCAGCGAGGAAGCCUUUCUGAAAUCUCUCUUACAACUACACGAAUCAAGUUCUAUUAAUAUCAGCAGUUUUCACCUUCCAAACUUGCCAAAGCCUCCAAAUGCUUUCAGAGGAAUCCGCAGGAAGAGUUCUUCAUUAAAACGAUGGCUUGCUAUUUGUUCUGAUGAUUUGACUAAGAAUGGGAGCUACCGGACAACAACCAAUCUUCUUCGCAAAUACCUUGGAGAUUUUUUAAUUGCUUCAUAUUUGGAUGUUAUACAAGAAUCCGGUUAUGAUGAUGCAUAUAUCAAAGAAAUUGAGAGAACAGUUCUUCUGAAGACUCUAGACUAUUUCUGGCGGGAUCAUCUUGUAAACAUGAAUAGGCUCAGCUCAGCGGUGAAUGUAAGAAGUUUUGGGCACAGGAAUCCUCUUGAAGAAUACAAAAUUGAUGGUUGUCGGUUUUUCAUCUCAAUGCUGAGUGCAACUCGGAGAUUAACUGUUGAAACACUUCUGCAGUAUUGGUCAUCUCCUACAGAAUCUCAAGAACUCUUUGUAUCUUGAAUGUCAGAUUAACCAUAAAGCAGAAGAGCGAGGGAUUACAGCAUGAUGUCUUGCCACAUGUAUGUAUCAAUCUUGGGUGGGAUAACUUAUCCCUCGAAAUGAAACAGGCAUGCGUUUCGGUGCACUGUACAGAAGCGGUAACAUACCACGUAAUUGGGCAAAUCGCAUGCGAGAUUUUAUGUAGGCGCUUGUGUUGAUAAAAAAAGAAGUUUAUACCGCAUUUUCACUGUUUCCUUUUUAAGAUUAUUGGUCAUGUGUAAUUCCGAAAAAACAAAAGAUUGUGGGCGCAUUGUAUGCAUGGAAUACCAAACCACACCAGAGAUCGCAUUCGUCAUCCCUUUUGUCUCUAGGUGAUGACUGUCAGGGUUCCACACUUAACGAAGAGGCUCGAAUCCUGUAGUUUUGAUUCAGCUCCAUUACUGCUAAUCAGUGUUAUCCAUGUUCAUGUCGUAUCCUUACAAAAAUAUUAUUGAAAUUGUGAAAUUUUUCGACAUUA